AAAGCCCAGGGGGCAGCUCUCCUCUAUGCUUCUCUCUGUCACAGUCAGAGGUCCCAUACGUCCACAACUGCUGCUGCUCUCUGCUGUCCUGCAGGUGUGACUCAGCCGACACCAUGAGUAGCGACACCGAGAUGGAAGUGUUUGGCAUAGCUGCACCUUUCCUCCGCAAGUCGGAAAAGGAGAGGAUCGAAGCUCAGAACCAGCCCUUUGAUGCCAAAACCUACUGCUUUGUGGUUGACUCAAAGGAAGAAUAUGUCAAGGGGAAAAUUAAGAGUAGCCAGGAUGGGAAAGUCACUGUGGAGACAGAAGACAGCAGGACCCUGGUGGUUAAGCCAGAGGACGUGUAUGCCAUGAACCCACCCAAGUUUGACAAGAUUGAGGACAUGGCCAUGCUGACCCACCUGAACGAGCCCGCUGUGCUGUACAACCUCAAGGACCGAUACACGUCCUGGAUGAUCUACACCUAUUCAGGCCUCUUCUGUGUCACUGUCAACCCCUACAAAUGGCUGCCAGUGUACAACCCCGAGGUGGUGGACGGCUACCGAGGCAAAAAACGCCAGGAGGCUCCGCCCCACAUCUUCUCCAUCUCCGACAACGCCUACCAGUUCAUGCUGACUGAUCGUGAGAACCAGUCUAUCCUGAUCACCGGAGAAUCCGGGGCCGGGAAGACGGUGAACACCAAGCGGGUCAUCCAGUACUUUGCAACAAUUGCAGCCACUGGGGACCUUGCCAAGAAGAAGGACUCCAAAAUGAAGGGGACGCUGGAGGAUCAAAUUAUCAGCGCUAACCCCCUGCUGGAGGCCUUUGGGAACGCCAAGACCGUGAGGAACGACAACUCGUCUCGCUUUGGCAAGUUCAUCCGCAUCCAUUUUGGCACCACUGGGAAGCUGGCUUCUGCAGAUAUUGAAACUUAUCUGCUGGAAAAGUCCAGAGUCACCUUCCAGCUGAAGGCUGAGAGAAGCUACCACAUCUUCUACCAGAUUCUCUCCAACAAGAAACCUGAGCUGAUUGAGCUGCUGCUGAUUACGACCAACCCUUAUGACUACCCGUUCAUCAGCCAGGGCGAAAUCCUGGUGGCCAGCAUCGACGAUGCGGAGGAGCUGUUAGCUACGGAUAGUGCCAUCGACAUCCUGGGCUUCACCCCGGAGGAGAAAUCUGGACUUUAUAAACUGACAGGGGCUGUGAUGCAUUAUGGGAACAUGAAGUUCAAGCAGAAGCAGCGGGAGGAGCAGGCCGAGCCAGAUGGCACUGAAGUGGCUGACAAAACAGCCUACUUGAUGGGCCUGAAUUCCUCAGACCUCCUCAAGGCCUUGUGCUUUCCCAGAGUGAAAGUCGGGAAUGAAUACGUUACAAAAGGGCAGACUGUGGACCAGGUUCACCAUGCUGUGAACGCUCUCUCCAAGUCCGUGUACGAGAAGCUGUUCUUGUGGAUGGUCACUCGUAUUAACCAGCAGCUGGAUACAAAGCUACCAAGACAGCACUUCAUUGGCGUUUUGGACAUUGCGGGUUUUGAAAUUUUUGAGUAUAACAGCCUGGAGCAGCUGUGCAUCAACUUCACCAACGAGAAACUGCAACAGUUUUUCAACCACCACAUGUUCGUGCUGGAACAGGAGGAAUACAAGAAGGAGGGCAUCGAGUGGACCUUCAUCGACUUCGGGAUGGACCUGGCAGCCUGCAUCGAGCUCAUCGAGAAGCCGAUGGGCAUCUUCUCCAUCCUGGAAGAGGAGUGCAUGUUCCCCAAGGCGACAGACACCUCCUUCAAGAACAAGCUGUAUGACCAGCACCUGGGAAAGUCCAACAACUUCCAGAAACCUAAGGUGGUCAAAGGCAAGGCUGAAGCCCACUUCUCCCUGGUGCACUAUGCGGGCACCGUGGACUACAGUGUCUCAGGCUGGCUGGAGAAGAACAAGGACCCCCUGAAUGAGACCGUGGUGGGACUGUACCAGAAGUCCUCCAACAGACUCCUGGCACAUCUCUAUGCCACCUUCGCUACAACAGAUGCGGACGGUGGGAAGAAGAAAGUCGCUAAGAAGAAAGGCUCUUCCUUCCAAACCGUCUCUGCACUGUUCAGGGAAAACUUGAACAAGCUGAUGUCCAAUUUAAGAACCACACACCCACACUUUGUACGCUGUAUAAUACCCAACGAAACCAAGACCCCAGGGGCCAUGGAACACAGCCUUGUCCUGCACCAGCUCAGGUGUAACGGGGUGCUGGAAGGCAUCCGGAUCUGCAGGAAGGGCUUCCCCAACAGGAUCCUGUAUGGAGACUUUAAACAGAGAUACCGAGUGCUGAACGCCAGUGCCAUCCCAGAAGGCCAGUUCAUUGACAGCAAGAAAGCUUGCGAGAAACUCUUGGCUUCCAUUGACAUCGACCACACACAGUACAAAUUUGGACACACCAAGGUGUUCUUUAAGGCUGGCUUGCUAGGAACCCUGGAAGAGAUGCGGGAUGAGCGUUUGGCCAAACUGAUCACUCGGACACAAGCCGUGUGCAGAGGGUUUCUCAUGCGUGUGGAAUUCCAGAAGAUGAUGCAGAGGAGGGAGUCCAUCUUCUGCAUCCAGUACAACAUCCGUGCCUUCAUGAACGUCAAGCACUGGCCCUGGAUGAAACUCUUCUUCAAGAUCAAGCCCCUGCUGAAGAGCGCGGAGACUGAGAAGGAGAUGGCCACCAUGAAGGAGGAGUUCCAGAAAACCAAGGAUGAGCUGGCUAAGUCGGAGGCAAAGAGGAAGGAGCUAGAGGAGAAGCUCGUCACUUUGGUACAGGAGAAGAAUGACCUGCAACUUCAAGUACAGGCUGAGAGUGAAAAUUUGUUGGAUGCUGAGGAACGAUGCGACCAGCUGAUCAAAGCCAAGUUCCAGCUGGAAGCCAAAAUCAAAGAGGUGACAGAGAGAGCCGAGGACGAGGAGGAGAUCAACGCGGAGCUCACGGCCAAGAAGAGGAAGCUGGAGGACGAGUGCUCGGAGCUGAAGAAGGACAUCGAUGACCUUGAGCUGACACUGGCCAAGGUUGAGAAGGAGAAGCACGCCACAGAGAACAAGGUCAAAAACCUUACCGAAGAACUGGCAGGCCUGGAUGAAACUAUUGCAAAGCUAACACGGGAGAAGAAGGCCCUCCAAGAGGCCCACCAGCAGACCCUGGACGACCUCCAGGCUGAAGAAGACAAGGUCAAUUCUCUGAGCAAGCUCAAGAGCAAGCUGGAGCAGCAAGUGGAUGAUCUGGAGAGCUCCCUCGAACAAGAAAAGAAGCUGCGUGUGGACCUAGAAAGGAACAAAAGGAAGCUGGAGGGAGACCUGAAGCUUGCCCAAGAGUCCAUAUUAGAUCUGGAGAACGACAAGCAACAGCUAGACGAGAGGCUCAAGAAGAAGGACUUUGAAUAUAGUCAGCUGCAAAGCAAAGUGGAAGAUGAGCAGACCUUGAGCCUCCAGCUUCAGAAGAAAAUCAAGGAGCUACAGGCUCGCAUCGAGGAGCUGGAGGAAGAGAUAGAGGCAGAGAGGGCCACCCGGGCCAAGACAGAGAAGCAGCGCAGCGACUAUGCACGCGAGCUGGAGGAGCUGAGUGAGCGGCUGGAGGAGGCGGGCGGUGUCACCUCCACCCAGAUCGAACUGAACAAGAAGCGUGAGGCUGAGUUCUUGAAGCUGCGCAGGGACCUGGAGGAGGCCACCCUGCAGCACGAGGCCACGGUGGCCACGCUGCGGAAGAAGCACGCGGACAGCGCGGCCGAGCUGGCGGAGCAGAUCGACAACCUGCAGCGGGUGAAGCAGAAGCUGGAGAAGGAGAAGAGCGAGUUCAAGCUGGAGAUUGACGACCUCUCCAGCAGCGUAGAGAGCGUGUCCAAAUCCAAGGCCAAUCUGGAGAAGAUCUGCCGAACUCUAGAGGAUCAGUUAAGUGAGGCCAGGGGCAAGAAUGAGGAGAUGCAGAGGAGCCUAAGUGAGCUGACCACACAGAAGUCCCGGCUGCAGACAGAGGCGGGUGAGCUGAGUCGUCAACUAGAAGAAAAGGAAAGCAUUGUAUCUCAGCUCUCCAGGAGCAAGCAGGCCUUUACCCAACAGAUAGAGGAGCUCAAGAGGCAACUGGAGGAAGAGAACAAGGCCAAGAACGCGCUGGCCCACGCCCUGCAGUCCUCCCGCCAUGACUGUGACCUGCUGCGGGAACAGUACGAGGAGGAGCAGGAAGGCAAAGCCGAGCUGCAGAGGGCACUGUCCAAGGCCAACAGCGAGGUGGCCCAGUGGAGGACCAAGUAUGAAACGGAUGCCAUCCAGCGCACGGAGGAGCUGGAGGAGGCCAAAAAAAAGCUUGCGCAGCGCCUUCAGGAUUCGGAGGAGCAGGUAGAGGCUGUAAAUGCCAAAUGUGCUUCCUUGGAAAAGACCAAGCAGAGGCUGCAAGGGGAGGUGGAGGACCUGAUGGUGGAUGUGGAAAGAGCCAACUCCCUGGCUGCCGCUCUGGACAAGAAGCAGAGGAACUUUGACAAGGUGCUAGCUGAGUGGAAGACGAAGUGUGAGGAGAGCCAAGCCGAGCUGGAGGCAGCUCUCAAGGAAUCCCGGUCCUUGAGCACUGAGCUCUUCAAACUGAAGAAUGCCUAUGAAGAAGCCUUGGAUCAACUUGAAACCGUGAAACGGGAGAAUAAGAACUUAGAACAAGAGAUAGCAGAUCUCACUGAACAGAUUGCCGAGAACGGUAAAAGCAUCCAUGAGCUAGAGAAAUCCAGAAAACAGAUGGAGCUGGAGAAGGCUGACAUCCAGAUGGCGCUGGAGGAAGCAGAGGCAGCUCUUGAGCACGAAGAAGCCAAGAUUCUCCGGAUCCAGCUUGAACUGACCCAGGUGAAAUCAGAGAUUGAUAGGAAGAUUGCAGAGAAGGAUGAAGAGAUCGAGCAGCUGAAGAGGAACUACCAGAGGACAGUGGAGACCAUGCAAGGCGCCCUGGACGCUGAGGUGCGCAGCAGGAAUGAGGCCAUCCGCCUGAAGAAGAAGAUGGAGGGCGACCUCAAUGAGAUCGAGAUCCAGCUGAGCCACGCCAACCGCCAGGCCGCAGAGACCAUCAAGCACCUCCGGAGCGUCCAGGGACAGCUGAAGGACACCCAGCUGCACCUGGAUGACGCUCUCCGGGGCCAGGAGGACCUGAAGGAGCAGCUGGCCAUCGUGGAACGCAGAGCCAACCUCCUGCAGGCUGAGGUGGAGGAGCUGCGGGCCACGCUGGAGCAGACGGAGAGGGCCCGGAAGCUGGCAGAGCAGGAGCUGUUGGAUUCGAAUGAGAGGGUCCAGCUGCUGCACACCCAGAACACAAGCCUCAUCCACACCAAGAAGAAGUUGGAGACUGACCUCACGCAGCUCCAGAGUGAGGUGGAGGAUGCCUGCAGGGACGCAAGGAAUGCAGAGGAGAAGGCCAAAAAGGCCAUCACUGACGCCGCCAUGAUGGCGGAGGAGCUGAAGAAGGAGCAGGACACCAGCGCCCACCUGGAGAGGAUGAAGAAGAACCUGGAGCAGACGGUGAAGGACCUGCAGCACCGUCUGGAUGAGGCUGAGCAGCUGGCGCUGAAGGGCGGCAAGAAGCAGAUUCAGAAACUGGAGACACGGAUCAGAGAGCUGGAGUUUGAGCUGGAAGGGGAGCAGAAGAGGAACACAGAGUCUGUGAAGGGCCUGAGGAAGUAUGAGCGGCGUGUUAAGGAGCUCACAUAUCAGAGUGAGGAGGACAGGAAGAAUGUGUUGAGAUUGCAGGAUCUGGUGGAUAAACUCCAAGUGAAAGUCAAGUCCUACAAGAGGCAGGCUGAGGAGGCUGAUGAACAAGCCAAUGCUCAUCUCACCAAGUUCAGGAAAGCCCAGCAUGAGCUAGAGGAGGCCGAGGAACGGGCUGAUAUCGCAGAAUCGCAAGUCAAUAAACUGCGGGCAAAGACCCGUGACUUCACCUCUAGCCGGAUGGUGGUCCAUGAAAGCGAGGAGUGAGCAAGACCUCCUGGUGCAGGGCAGAAGAUAUGCAGAAUGUAUAUUUUCGUGGCUCCUGACAAUUCUACUUAAUUUCCACGUAUCACUUUUCCACAUGCAAUAAAGUUUGCCUUGUUUCAAGUUGG